AUGGCGUUUGAAGAAAAUUCAUUACCGUUAAAACUACGCCCAUAUGCUUGUGAUUCUAAUACUUGUAUCGAAUUUAAAUUAAUUCGUGAAGUUAAUGAUCUUGAAGAUGCCAAUCUUUCGUUUCAUCCUGAAAUGACUCAUCAAAUAUAUGGUGAAAAUGAACAAAUAUUUGGUUAUAAAAACUUAUACAUUCAAAUGUAUUAUUUAUCUUGUUCAUUAGAUUUAUAUUUAAGCAUUAAAUAUGAUGAUAAAAUAACACCAGAUAAAGCCGAUGGAAUAGAACCAGAUGAUAUAAGGGAACCACUCUUGAAUUAUUUACCAAAUAAAUUUUACACAAAUCUUGAUAGAUUUCUAAUGCAGCUGAAAAUUCAACCAAAAAUUCAACCUUAUGGUCAUCAAUUGCACGCUUAUCGACUAUCUGAUCGAACAUUUGAAAUAUACAAAGCAGAUUUUAAUUGUGCUGGUUUUCGCGAUUUCCAUCAACGUCUACGAACAUUUUUAAUAUUUUAUAUUGAUGCCGCUAGUUAUAUUGAUGAAGAUGAUGAUAAAUGGGUUAUUUAUUUGUUGUAUGAACGAUAUUUGAACAAAUCGGGAGAACAAUGUUAUGGAAUUAUUGGGUAUAUGACUGUAUAUUUGUAUUAUGCAUAUCCAGAUAAAAUUCGACCAAGAAUAAGUCAAGUGCUUGUAUUACCGCCUUAUCAACGAUCUGGUCAUGGUAAACGUUUGUUGGAACGUGUUUAUAAAGAUUUUAAAUCGGAAUCAAAUAUAGUUGAUAUCACGGCCGAAGAUCCAUCGGGAGAAUUUGUCUCAUUACGUGAUUAUGUCACCGUUCAAUUAUGUCAAACAAUGAAUAUAUUUUCUGUAAAUAAUUUGAAACAAUCUGGUUUUACGAAAGAAAUGAUUCAAAAAGCUCGUGAUGAAUGGAAAAUAACACCGGUUCAAACACGUCGUAUUUAUGAAAUAUUAUUAUUAAAAUAUACAAAUGUUCAUAAUGAAGAUGAAUUUAAACAAUUUCGAUUAGAUAUUAAACAGCGUUUGUAUCAACCGAUUAAGUUUAAUAAAAAAUCCCAUGCACUUCUUCAAGAUCCAGCAUAUCAGGCUCUAUUAACGGAUCCUGAUAAACGAAAAGCAUAUUUAGAAAAAGAAUUUCAAACGGUUUAUGAAUAUUAUCAAGAAAUUUUACAUAGUUUAGAUAAACAAAAUUAA